GCAUGCCAAAUCCAGCUCUGGAAAAGGUGUAGACGGGGGAAGGAGGUGCAGAGACGGGCAAGACGAUUCCCAGAGAGACCAGACAAGGUACAGCAAUAGGUAGGAAAUAUGAGGGAUUCAGAGACGUCAGCAAAAUACAGGAGAGCACUCGAAGAUUCGUGCACACUGACGCAGGAGACACUUGGAAAACUCAAGGAGUUUCUACCACGAAAAAGCGCAUCACAGGACGGGGAUGGCAAGACCGUCAGCCAGGACGAGGUUGCCGGACUGAAUGCGCUUCAGUCGGAGCUGAUAUUCGACACCGUGCGGUUGGUGCAGGCGAAAAACGCAUUCAAAAGCGACUGUUUCAAAACUAACGAGGACAACAUGAAAAAGGUCAAGAGCGGGGACUCGAGUGUGUCCAACACGUUUUUGCUGAAGUGGGAGAUACAGACGUUCAAGAACAAUCAGCAGUGGAACGCGCUACAUGAGGCGUUGGAGCGGUUGCCCGAGUUGAAGAUCCACGACAUUGCGGACCUCACUCGGGUCGGCGAGGGGGCCCCGGACGCUGAGGCAGACGUGGACAUGGACGCACAGGAGGCCGAGGGCGCCACCGAGUACGAUGAGUUUAUCAAGACGCUGGACAUACCGUUGGACAGCGUGCGGGAGCUGCUCUGGAGCAGUCGGGAAAGCGGCGCCAUCGACAAGGAGCAGUUCCUCAUUCCGGAGGACUCGAAUGAGAAGCUCCAGCGCAUACUGGCAGACUCGGACGUGAAGAAGUUCCGGCUUGUGCAGCUCCACGACAAGUACUACCAGCGCAAGAUUGGCAUGCUCAAGGAAAUGGACCGCAAGUGGACCUUCGAGAUCAACAAGGUGCGGGAGUUCAUCUCGUCCGACGUGGGCAAGAUGAAGAGCGAGUUGAGUGGGAAGCUGGCGGCAGAGAACAAGCGGGACGACGAGAAGCUGCGGGAGUCCGAGCUUGAGCGGGAGCGGAUGGAGCUCAACCAGGUGAGAGACAACGAGGUCGACUACGACGACGUGGCCAACGAGGGUGGCCAGGACGAGGAGCCCGAGGACGAGCACGCGGAAGAGGAAGAGGAUGAAGACGAGGACGAUGAAGAAGAUGAGGAAGACGAUGACUUUGACGACCACGACCACGACCACGACCACGAUGACGACCAAGAGCUCGACCUCGAGGACCUCCAGGAGCCCGAGGAGCAGGAAAGAUCUCUCCAGACGGCUGAAACGGCCGAAGACGCUGAGAUAGAGGAGUGAAGACAAAGACGCACCUGUGCACCGCGACAGGCCGGAGGUCGCGGGCUUUUAUAGUGUGUAGACAGUAAGAAGGUGAGGCCAGAGCGGAAAGGGAAAGAGGACGCUGAGCUUUUAUGCAGCCACCUACUAUCUUGAGGAGGAGGCGACGGGCAGGACGGGGCGUAGCGAAGCGCAGCAAGCCCAGAGAAGGACACAGACAAGCAGAAGCAGAAGCAGAAGCACACGCAGAAGCAUGGCAGCGGCAUCAGACUAUCUUCUUCUUUCCUUGCCGACCACGUCCGGGUCGAAGAGCUCGAUUUCGCAGUGGCUUGAAGCAAACGUGAAUUCGGGCAAGGUGGAGCUCCGUGAGGUGCAAUUCCCCAGCUUCAAGGUCGGCACGUUGGACU